UUUCUACUUCGAUCGCCGGAGUGGAGAUACGGGGAAAGAAGAAGGGGGAAGAGAAUGGAGGGCCGAUCGGCGCAUGAUUCUCCACUAAACCCUAAUUCUAAACAGCAGCACACCUUCACCUUCGAUUCCCCACACCCGAUCUACGCCAUGGCCUUCUCCACUUCUUCCCCUUCACCGUGCCUUGCCCUAGGAAGCUUCAUCGAGGAGCUGAGCAACCGUGUCGACAUCGUAUCCUUUGAUGAAGAUACCCUCACCUUCCGAUCCGAUCCGAAGCUCUUCUUUGAGCACCAGUACCCGCCCACUAAGCUUAUGUUCCACCCCAAACCCCUCCCCGGUCAAUCCCACUCCCUACUCGCCUCCUCCGGCGAUUUUCUCCGCCUCUGGUCUGUACAGGAAUCCGCCGUCGAGCUCCGCUCCGUCUUCAACAACAACAAAUCGCCCGAGUUCAGUGCACCGCUUACCUCCUUCGAUUGGAAUCAGGCCGAGCCCCGCCGCAUUGGGACUUGCAGCAUCGACACAACCUGCACGGUUUGGGACAUUGAGAGAAGUACAGUAGAGACGCAGCUUAUUGCACACGAUAAGGAGGUCUAUGAUAUCGCUUGGGGGGAAGCUGGUGUGUUUGCUUCGGUCUCUGCUGACGGUUCUGUGAGGGUCUUUGAUCUCCGCGACAAGGAACAUUCCGCCAUUGUUUAUGAGAGCCCUCGGCCGGAUACUCCUCUCCUCCGUCUGGCCUGGAACAAGACGGAUCUUAGGUACAUGGCCACCAUUCUUAUGGACAGUAACCAGGUGAUUGUUCUGGAUAUUCGUUCUCCUGCUGUUCCUGUGGCUGAGCUGCAGAGACACCGUGCCUGUGUAAAUGCAGUGGCUUGGGCGCCGCAAACGGCCCGCCACCUCUGCUCUGCUGGGGAUGAUGGACAAGCUCUUAUAUGGGAGUUGCAAGCGGCUGUGCCUGCGGAAGGUGUUGAUCCUGUGCUUGUAUACCAGGCUGGGGCUGAAAUUAAUCAGCUUCAGUGGUCUGCCGCGCAGCCAGAUUGGAUUGGGAUUGCAUUCUCUAACAGGGUGCAGCUACUCAAGGUUUGAGAUUAAGGUAUGCAGUUGUUUAGUUUGUUUGACUUGGUAUAUUGAGGAGUUGGCUUUGUAUGAUGAUUUGUAUAUUUUUGGUUUUAUGUUUGCGAAUUUCAGUCAAAUUUGAUAAUUUUAUUGGGGUCUGGUUUGCAAAAAGAGUUUUUACUAUUCAGGAGUGGUCUGAACAAUGCAUGCAACCAAGCUUUCACAGCUGGUUGUAUAAUGUUUCUAGCUUGUUUAAUGAUAUCAUGGAAUAUAGUUCAGUUGGGGAGAGAUGUUGAACCUAUUGUAACAUAAUGAUCUCUCAUCUUUUAUUGUAAAAUAUAUUGCUUUAUUGUAAACUAUAUUGCAAAAAGAGAUGUCAUGUUUUAACUAUACAAUUUGUUGUAUGA